CUGUCCCGCAGCCCCGGCGUCGCGUUCGCGGGGAGGUCGCCGCGCGCCUGCAAGUCGGCGGGGCCGCCGCUUUGUGACUUCACUCGUUUCGCAACAAGCCCGGGCCGCCCGCGCCCCACCCACCCCCGCGCCGCCGCCUCGCAGCCCGCCGCCUCUCUCCGCGCUUCCCCUACCUCCGGGGCCGGGCCUGCCCAGCCGUCGCGGAGCCUCCCGCCCGGCCGCCCGUGGCUGUUCGCGCCGUGGCCGCCGCGCCGCGGGUCGGCACGUGCGCGGCCCCAGCCUCCCAGCAGCGCAGAGCAGCCCCCCGUUCCGGGCCCGCAGAGCGCAGCGCCCUCCUGGUGGCGGCGCGAUGCUGUGCUUCCUGAGGGGAAUGGCCCUCAUCCCCUUCCUCCUGGUGACCUGGUCGUCCGCCGCCUUCAUCAUCUCCUACGUGGUCGCCGUGCUCUCCGGGCACGUCAACCCCUUCCUCCCCUACAUCAGUGAUACAGGAACAACACCUCCAGAGAGUGGUAUUUUUGGAUUUAUGAUAAACUUCUCUGCAUUCCUUAGUGCAGCCACGAUGUACACAAGAUAUAAAAUAGUAGAGAAGCAAAACCAAACCAGCGAUUUCAGCACUCCUGUUUUUAACUUGGUGUCGUUAGUUCUAGGAUUGGUGGGAUGCAUCGGGUUGGGCAUUGUAGCCAAUUUCCAGGAGUUAACUGUCCCCGUGGUACACGAUGGCGGUGCCCUUUUGGCGUUUGUCUGCGGUGUUGUGUACACGCUCCUGCAAUCCAUCAUCUCUUACAAAUCGUGUCCCCAGUGGAACAGCCUUUCCACAUGCCGCAUACGGAUGGCCAUCUCUGCCGUUUCCUCUGCAGCCAUCAUCCCCAUGAUUGCCUGUGCUUCAUUAAUUUCUGUAACCAAGCUGGAGUGGAAUCCAAAAGAAAAGGAUUAUGUAUAUCACGUAGUGAGUGCGAUCUGUGAAUGGACAGUGGCCUUUGGUUUUAUUUUCUACUUUCUAACAUUCAUCUACGAUUUCCAGAGUGUCACCCUAAGGAUAUCCACAGAAAUCAAUGGUGAUGUUUGAAGAAAGGAGAAUUCAAUCUCACUCAAGGAAAGUGGCAGACAAUUUCUAGAAGUGGUACAGAGGAUAGACAGGGUUUUAACGCUGCCCUGCGUGGAAUUCAUCUGCAGCACAUCCAGGACUUGAAUUUCUUUAAGAAUUCCCAAUAGUUGUACUAUUUCCAAAGGUAUAUUUUCCUAGAGAAUGUAGAGCAUUUAUGACAUUGUAGCAAUGUUUUUAUAAUUUUCUAAGUAGACACUUUUUUAUAUUAACAAAUUCAUUACAGAAAAGAUAAGGUGUUCCAGAAAAUGGAGACCUCUUAUUUUUUGUACAGAUUCUGUUUUGUUUCUUUGUGUGUAAGAGAUUUAUGGAAAUACACUAAAGGAGGAAUUCAUUAAAAAGUAAAAUCAGGGAAUAUUCAUUUUAAAAUUUCAUUUUUAGAGAAUACACUGUAUAAUUUUAUAUCUCAAGAGCAUCUAUAAAAUUCAAUUUAUAAUGAUCAUUAAGAUUUCGUUAAUAAACUAACACUAAGAGGC